ACUUGUCUCUGCCAAAGCUUCCAUUUCCUUUAAAUGAUUGGAGAAAGAAUUCAAUAUUGAAGAAAAUGGAUAGCCACCAGAUUCUGUCCAAACCCAAGCUUGGCUUCUCAGCUUCAUUCCGAGAAGCCUUCAAAAUCAUCCUCUCUAAUCAUCCAACCUUCAUCUCUCUCAUCAUCCUCUUCUCCUUCCCCCUCUUCGCCUCCCACACUCUCCUUCACCCGACCUUCGUUCAAAUCCUCGAGCUUCUCUAUCGAAAAGAUCCCUUCAAUCCACACGUCGUUCACUUGAUCGCCUGUCGAAGCACUGACACCAACUGCUCGUCCCUGCAGCAGUCUCCCAGCAUUGAUGACAGCUUCGAGGCAAUUCUCUCCCUGAGGUUUCUGAUCUCGACUCUUCUACUGUCGGUGCUCGUCUUCUUCCUCGACCUUCUCAACACAAUUGCAACAGUCUCCAUAUCAGCAUCAUUGUAUGGAGGAAACAGCUCCCAGAUGGGUUUCAAGGAAAUGCUGCUUCAAGCCAAAAGGUUGGGUCUCAAAGGGCCAUUGACAACAUAUCUAUUUGCUGUUUUGCUGGCUUCACUCAUUCUCUUGGGAUUGGUUGCUCUGUCAACAAACAUGUUUUUUGUGACUAAAGGCAUCUCUUUUAUGUCAAUAGACAUCUUUUUCAUCUCACAGCUUUUAUUUUUUGGGUCAAUGUUUGUGGUUUUGUUAGCAAAGUAUAUAGAGUGGAGUGCUGUUUGGAACAUGGGGAUUGUUAUCUCAAUCUUGGAUAAGAAUCAGGGCUACAUAGCAAUUGGGGUGGCAGGAUUUCUGAGCAGAGGCAGCAGGAAGUUGGGGUUCAGUUUGAUGCUGGUUUUCUUUGUCUUGAAAGUGGUUUUUGGGAUUCCUUGUCUCUAUUCCUUGUGGAAUGAGGGAAAAAAUUGUGGGGUUUUGGGGAAUGUGGUGACUUUGAGUUUGAACUGUAUGGGGAAUGUUGUGAUGUGGGUUGUUCUUAUGGUUUACUUCUAUGACUGCAAAAGGGAGUUUUUGGAGAAGAAGAUUGAUUUGGAGAAUAAUGGGAAAUCUACUGAGGUUGUUCAACAAUGAAUGAGUUGAGUUGUAUUGUGUAUUUGGAUCACGUACUACAUAAGUGUUCCAGAGAUGAGUUCAAUCUCAGUCGUCUACAAUUUGGCACCACUCGAUCCCAUAUACUUUGGAAAAAUGAUGGUUCAGGUCCUGUUUGCAAAAUAAAAUUUUAUACAUCUCGAGCA